ACGUUUUACGGCAAAGCGCCAUUUUGGAAUGAGUCAUUUGUAACCGGUGACCAAAUUUGUGCCUGACUAACGUUUAUGUCAUAAAAAAGGAAUAUUUUUACUGGUUUAUACAGUUUGGAUUUGGGCGUGUAAGCAGACCAGACGUCACCACAAACUAUGGGUUUGCUGACGAUCCUGAAGAAGAUGAAACAGAAGGAGAAGGAAGUUCGACUGCUGAUGUUAGGUCUUGAUAAUGCAGGGAAAACUACAAUCUUGAAGAAGUUCAAUGGAGAGGACAUCAACACCAUUUCACCAACGUUAGGAUUCAACAUCAAAACACUGGAACACAGAGGGUUCAAGUUGAAUGUGUGGGAUGUGGGAGGGCAGAAGUCGCUGCGGUCCUACUGGAGGAACUACUAUGAGAGCACAGACGGGCUGAUCUGGGUGGUGGACAGUGCAGACAAGCGCAGAUUGGAUGACUGCAAAAAGGAGAUGCAGGCUCUACUGUUAGAAGAGAGACUUGCUGGUGCCACCCUUCUGGUGUUUGCAAACAAGCAGGACCUACCAGGGGCCCUACCCGCCCAGCAGAUCAGAGAGGUACUGGAGUUAGAUAACAUCACCACUCACCACUGGCUGAUCCAGGGCUGCAGUGCGGUGACAGGGGAGAACCUCCUACAGGGCAUGGACUGGAUCAUCGACGACAUCUCCUCCAGAAUAUUUACCAUGGACUGAUCGAACGUGAGGUUGCCAGUUUAUGAGAAGGAUGUAAUAUUCCCCACGUGGGUCUCCCUAAAACUUUGCACAACCUAACUGUAAAUAUCAAAAUGAUUGUAUAAUUUUGAAAUGUUAUGGUAAGAAGUAAGUUAGUUUACACUCAAAUGUAGGUCAAAUUUGUCUCAAUUGUUUGCCUGGUUAUUGUUAUUAUUAUAAUUGUCUUGCCAUGUGUCCAUAUUUUUGCAAAUUUUAUACAUUAUUUUGCAGGACUACAUGAGGUCUUUGAAAAGAACAUAUAUGAGUAGACCAAAUUUUUGUGUUGGGGACGACGAAAGUAUCCACAAUGUGUUCUAGAAAAGGGGUGACAUAUUGUAAAGAAUUACUACCUUCCACCAAGGACGUUAACCUCCUUGCUUACACUAUGGAUGCGGUCAUUUGUGUAGCAAAUUAAUGUCUAUCUUAGUGUCUGAUUGGACACUGAAAAGUUUGUACAAUAAAUUGUGGUAGAUUCAAUGCAGUGAAUCAGUCAUGAAAUGAAAGCUGGCGUGAUCGACUGAAAAUUGUUGGAACAAAACUUUUACAACUAUAAUUGUGGAUUCUGCCAACACAGAUAAGCUUUUAGUUGAAUAAAUUGUUUUAUUCACCUCCA